CCCUUCCUGGGAAGAGUGAGGUUGUAUAUCUUACAAAAAAGUAUUAGAUUUCAUUUCUAGAUACUGGACUCCAAAUGAUAAGGUCCAAAACUAUUACAAGAAGAUCUUUGUUUACCCCAAGGAACUUAUUUUCUUGAGAAAAUGCCGACAACACAGAAAACAUUGAUGUUCUUGUCCAGCUUUGUCACAAGUCUUGGAUCUGUUGUCGUAAUUUGCUCGAUUCUCGGCACUCAAGAAUGGAUCACCAGUACACUUGCUAUCAUGAAUUCUUUUUCCAACGGCAGUGUUAUCAUCACUUAUGGUCUUUUUCGUGGUAAGAGUACUCAAGAAUUGCUUCAAGGACUUCCUGAACUAGACAAAGAUUUUGAAGUUUUAGGGAUAUUGAACAAUUCUUCCCCCAGAUCUCUGCAAUUGGUGACUGUCCUGUUCCUGGUGCUCGGCUUGCUCACUUCACUGCUGAGUUCAGGGUUUACCUUCUACAACAGCAUCAGCAACCCCUACCAGACGUUCCUGGGCCCAGUGGGUGUGUACACCUGGAAUGGAAUCAGCGCAUUCUCCACUUUCCUGACAAUGGUACUAUUUGUGGGGAACACGCAGUCCAACCGACUUUCUCAAGAAUUGUCCCUGAAGCUUUAUCCAACAAUCACAAUCAGCAGAACGACCCACAGUUACGGAUACUCAUUUUGGCUCCUACUACUCAUCAUUCUUCUAAACAUAGUCACUGUGAUCAUCAUCUUUUUCUACCAGAAAGCCAGAUACCAGCAGAAGCAGGAGGAGAGAAAGCCAGUGGAAUAUGCUCCCAGGGAUGGAAUUUUAUUCUGAGCUUCAUUUUAUGUCCUUUUGUCAUUGUGUCUGUUCCAUUUCACAUCAGCUCCUCAAGCAGGAACUUGUUGACUUCUAUGACCAUCAGUGGUAAAGUGACUGUCAUUUGUGGUAGCUUUUAUAUCCCAUGACACUGUGUUGCUCAUGGGUAUUGUCCCCUUGGUGUUUCCCCACAAGAGUGGGGGAGAUGAGUGGAAAAAGUGUUGUCUGUCUAGGUAGUGUUCAAAGUAGUAGAAUGAUGAUGAGCCUGGCGAUCUCUCCAACCUGGUCUCAUCUGAAAUAAUAAAGGUUUGCAAUUCA